UUACUUGCCACGUUCGGUUCGUGUUUGAAUAUAGUCUUACCCGGAAAUAUAAACUGAUACCUCUGGGUCCAUAAUACUAAUAUACUGGUAUAAAGCUGGAUUUUCGUUGGUGCUACAGUUGAUGAGUUUCGGUGAACUAAAGCGAAUUGAACGAAUCUUUGACCACUAAAAAUGUGUUUAUGAAAUCCGAAUAAUAUACUACCGGGAGAGUCUCGAGUAAGAAAAUAGAUAAUGUUCACUCAGAUCUUGCGCAGGCAAACGUUAUACGAAUAAGUUCAUAUAGCAAUAUCUAUCUAAUCGUGAAGAGAAUCUUCCGGAAACGCACGAUGACUGGUAAAAUUUGCCAAUCCGAAAGCGAUAUAAUGAUCGACAACGACGAUGAGGAUGACUACGAAGGAUACUUUCUGCAGCCAGCUAACGAAUACAAUAUCAAAGAGAAAAUAAAACUAGCAAAUCAGGAGUCGUUUGCUAUUCCGACACCUCCCUCGCCAAAAUUCGGUUGUGGCGAACGGAGGGUCACUUUUCGGGAUCAAUUGGUCGAUUACGAACCGGAUGAGUGUAGCGACGUCGAGGAGGAUAAUGGAUAUAGUGCAUCCAACGGUAUCCUCCACGAGGAGUCUGAUUCAUCACCAGAACUGAAUGAUCACGCUAAAAGUCCAAAUACCAGUGGUGAUAUGACCGAGGUAGAUGAAGAUAUCAUCGAAGAAUUAAGCAUAAAUGAACCAACGGAGGAAGAAAUAGAAUCACGGGUAGAAACCGUUCGUGUCGACGACGAUCAGGUAGACGAAGAGGAAGACCAAGAAGAUUACGAGGAACUCGAAGAAGAAGUUACGGAAUCCAGUUUGGACACCGAAGUUCCCAACCCGGAAACUGCGAGCGAAGACAGUAGCAGUCCAACGAAGGCUCGUGCUAGUGAGGAAGGAUCGGGAUCGGGUGACGGUCCAUUUGAAGUGAACUACUCUGAGGAUUCUCAGAAUGACGAAGAUAAUUCGGAGGAACGAAAAAUUCUAAAGGAGCGUCUAAUGAGAGAAUCACUCUCGUACGAUUUAGAUUGUGAAACAAAUGAAGAUGGUACCGAGGACCAGAUAGACGACGAGAAUUCGCUAGACAGGGAUAGUCCAGUGCAGGCUCACUUUCGGAACAGGUCGGCUAAGUGUCAAAGAAAGUGCUGUCGAUUCAAAAAGAAAAUCGAUGACAAGCUACCGUACUACAACGGCUUCCACUCGGAAUACGGACUGUCCAAGGAAGAGCUCGACGCGAAAAACAAACGCGUGGAAGCUAAAAAGAAGCGCUUCUAUGAACGGUACCAGAAGAAGGUAGAACAGCAACAAAUAAAAGCUCAGACUAAUGAGGAAGCGUUUGCCGCGUGGUUGAACAAAAAGCUAAGAAAUUCUAUUAAUAAGUACCAAAAUAUGUAUGAUUACAAAGGUAAGAAACAUAAACAGAAACUCCCAAAGGACGAUGACAGUGUUGGCGUAUUGGUUAGCUAAAAUUUGGACUACGCUUGUUUGUGUUUCAAAUGGGGGAUUGGAGUCUGAUAAUCACAUCACACAAUAAUUUGCAUGAUAUAAAAUUAUUUGAAAAUAAAUUUUGGCACUGAAAAUAUACAUGUUUAUUUCGUUGGGAAAACCGAACUAUUGGCAAAGGAUUAUAAAUAAUACUCGUUUAUCCAGUGCUUUGAGCAGAGAUAGUAUUUUUAGAGAGAUUUACGUUCAAAUGUUCGUUUGGAUGUAAUGAAAUAUUCCAUAAAAAAUUGCUCAUACCAUAAACUACAGAUCAAGCUAAUUUCUAGGUUCGAAUACAAAGAGCUCCACAAUCAUGGGCUGUGGCCCUGUGGGGAAAGUUUGCCACUACCUCACCUGAAAAUCUGGCCACUUUCAGCCAAAUGACGUGUUUUGGAAUGUAGCGACGUGCAUGUACAAUGUACUGCCACUACCCUUAAGAUUUCAUCUAUGUAGGUUAUUUUCGCGUUAUCCAACCUGAAUUUCGCGGGAAAUGCAAUUUUAAUUACAAUAAAAACUAUAAAAUUAGACGCAAGCUUACAGCCGGAGAAAGGAGGCAUAUUCAUCAUGAUGAUGAUAGCAAAAAGGAACCAGCACCGCAUGGUAAGUAAAGGAAUUCCAAUGCAUGUGAAUUUAUGGUUAUAUGUCGUGUACACGCAAAGCCACGUAAAAUGUCGUGCAUGUGUGAUUUCAUAGUUUGAAUCAAAAAGAAAGUGGAAAACCCUUCUGUGAAGUAGUUAAAUUAAUAACAGCAAAUUAGUUGAAUGAUUUAAAGCGGCUAGCGUUUUAAGUUUCAUGUGGAUGAUUAAAUGGAAACAUAUAUGAAUUUAAUAAGCGCAUUUUGCCUUUACCUUU